AUGACAGAAUCCGACAGCGAAGUUAGGCGUCAGUGGUCGCCCACUCGAGAAGAAUAUGCUCAGCUAUGGAAAGAUUCUCGCCUAUCCUUUCCGCCCUUAAUUCGCAUUCCAGCUGCGGCAUUGACAGCAUUUGGUGUAGGCAUGUCUUUGGGUCUCGCCCAAGGCAGUAAGAUGGCCGGCCUACGAUUUAGAGCCGAACAUGCUCACAGACUACCUACAACUACAACCGGGUGGUACCUAUAUCACAAGAGCAAGAACUACCAUCUGGCAUAUGGUGGGUUGAAGGAAGGAUUUAAGGUCGGUGUGAGGCUCAGUGUUCUGAGUACCUCCAUGUUCUGCGCCGAGAAUCUGUUUGAUGUAUACCGAGGAACCAAGGAUCUUUUCAGCACCGUCAUGGCCAGUCUAGCUGUGGCUGGUGGCUUCAGUUUCUGGAAUCGCUUUUCAGCUGCUGAAACUGCGAGGACUGCUAGAAAAGGCCUGAUAUUUGGGAUCGCAUACGGUGCUACCCAGGACAUGGUGUCUCUUGCCAAAGGUCGACCUGUUGGGUAUAUCGAGUUCAUCCGGAGGCAUAUCGGAAAGGUCACCCAACUUGAGGAAAAGACGACAUGA